CAGCCCACGGAUCAGUACGCAUUUUCCUCGUUCUUCGACGACGGGACAUCUGUAGCGUUUCAACGUUUUCUCUAGCACCGGUCAGACAACAAUGUUCACCGCAUCACGCGACGCAAACGGGACGAUGAAUGGUGACGGCGAGGAACCCGCGUAUGGUCAGCUCAUCGUGGUGUCCAACCGGCUACCGUUCGUGCUGAAGAAAAAGGGACAGUCGCCGAUUUGGGAGAGAAAGGCCAGUGCUGGUGGCUUAGUCACUGCUGUAGCACCUGUUGUAAUUAAAGGAAAUGGAUUAUGGAUUGGAUGGACAGGUGUUCACUUAAAGAAAGGUGAAAAAAUACCCGAAUCAGAUCCUAUUGAUAUCACACCCACUGCUGGAUUACGUUCUGACAAAGUUAUACCAGUUAAUUUUGAUUCUCAAACGUUUGAUAGUUAUUAUAAUGGUUGUUGCAAUGGGACAUUAUGGCCGUUAUUUCAUUCGAUGCCUGAUAAAGCACAAUUUUCUGCAGAUUCAUGGAAAUCAUAUUGCACUGUUAAUGAAGAAUUUGCAUCCAAAACAAUCAACUCAUUAAAAAGUUUAUUCAAAGAAGAUACGAAUCAUAAAAUUCCUAUAGUUUGGCUGCAUGAUUAUCACAUCAUGCUAGCAGCUAAUAGCAUUAGAAAUGUAAAAUUUUAAUCUAUUUAAAUAAAUAUAUAUAAAGUAGUA